UAGGUGAAGUGGUCAACAUGUUCUGUCACUUCACUCCCUGGUUCCCAUUAGGAAAUGUCAUCCUACCCUCCAAACGACAACCUAUAACGUCUCGUUUAUCACAACCAGUUUUUCCAUUGUGACCGACGGUUUGUUUUACAUUAGAACGAGCAGGCGUGUCACAUAUGAAUGCUAGAACACUGACAGUCACACUCCUACCCCUCUUCUCAACAUUAGACCGUUUUAAUAAAGAUCUUUCAAUUCAACUAAUAGGUCCAUAGAUACCUCAUUGAAGUUGUUUCGUUUUCUUAAACUCCCAUGUAUUCCAAUUAAGAAAACGUCACUGACGUAUGGAGUUGUGGUACGACUACUAAAUUACAUAGUUAACUCCAAGGAAAUCAGUCUAAAAUCAGCUUUGGAUCACUGCACAUCAAACUCUGCUUGAUCUUCUAUCUGGGUUCUUUGGUUCACGUGUGCCAAAUACAUGUGCCAUGUUAUACAUAUCUGAAAUCUGAAUAAUCUUCAGAGUUUAUAAUUGUCAUGAUUUCUAACUGUGCGAUAUGUGUCCUACCAAAUGUCAAUGCUUUUCAGUCUCCGUGUUUAGUUCCCAUGUUAUUUUCCUAUUAUUUCGCUGUUUGGAGCCAGCCUUUAUUUUCCGUAUUUCGACUAGUACUUUUGUCGACAGUUAUAUAGUAUAGCCAAGUUUGGCUCGCUAUCUCUCGUGUUACAGUCCUCCAAACGUAGCUGACAACAACAGCCAAAUUUAUAUAUCGAGACAUUCCUUUUAAAAUCAGUCUUAUUUCUUGCAUAAAUAAAAGCCGAAUACGAGUGAGAACAUGAGACCUUGGCACCAUUUCAUUACUUGUAUGAACGAAUAAUAUGCGGGAUUGGUCUUUUCCAUCGGCGCUUUAAUUCUAUUUUUCGUGGGUCAUUGUAGCGUUUGCCCUUGUGGGACGCCAAUGUUGAACUUUACCUCUAGUGAUCUGUGGAACGUCAAGAUUUGACAAUUAAAGGUUUGACUCGAGCAACCCAUUCCGUCUUUUGCCUUCUUUAUGGUGACGCAGUUUGUAUUACCUUGAUUUUAUGUAACCUCAUUUCUUCAUAUUAGGAUAAUUGUCGUCAUUUUGUUUGACUUUCAGUUAUCAUAGUAAUUUUACCUGUGACAGCCUCUUAGUGCAUCGGAAGUUAUUUAUUCCAAAAGGCUAUUGCCUAUCAAUGAAUGAAUUUUUUAGUCUAUUCCAGCUGAAGUGGAAUUUCAACCGGUUUAGCAAAAGUCCUGUCACAAAUAGUAUUUAUUAUUAUAAUUACCGUUUCACUUUUUGUAUAUUGGUCUAACUGACUAUGACACAAAUUGGACCGAGUUAAACCUGGCCGUUUUCACUGGUUCCAGUUAGUGAAUGCACUGAUAAAACAUGAAUAGAGAAAGGUGUAUGAAGGACUUCCUCAUCCCGUAAAUAAUACCUUCAUUGUGUGAUGUAUCCAGUAAACGAGUUAUUAUGAAAUCAGCAUGAUUUGUUUCCAAUUCCAACGAUUUCAUAGAUAAUCACUUUUCACUGCUAUCUUGGAAAUGCUGAUACGUAUAUCGACUAUCAGUUAAGCUUCACAGCCUUACUGUAUUCUUGUUAUAAACAAAUAGCAAUUAGCGUUGUCCUUCAUCAUAAAGAAAAACGCUAAUAGUAUUUAAAUACAAGUACCUGAGGAUCGAUUUAUAGUGACUUUUUUAUUUUAUUAUCCUAAAUUCCAGAUUUCUAAGCAAUCAAUAUUUAUAUCAAACAACUGAAUCAUGAAGAAUGACUAUGACAGCAAUCUGUCUUUGGCAACUGGGGGUUUCGAUCACACGAUAAAAAUGUGGCAACCAAAUACUGGAAUAUACAUCCAAGGUUUCCAACACAAUGAGUCCCAAGUAAACGCCUUAGCAUUUUCGCGCGAUGGGCAUUAUCUAGCUGCUGCUGGCUAUGGGAGAGUUCGUGUUUAUGAUGUUCAGGGUCCUGGAACACCUUUCGUAACGGUCUCAGACUUUACGAAAAAUGUAAACACUGUUGGAUUUAAUGACACAGGAAACUGGAUGUUCGCAGGUGCAGAAGAUCGUGUAGCAAAGAUUAUAGAUUGGCGAGCGGGUGGGAAUAUAUGGAUAUCUCGUAUUUAUCAGGCAUCUUCGAGUAUUAAUACCAUGUUACUUCAUCGUAACCAGCAUGAAAUUAUUAUGGGUACAAACAAAGGGGAAGUUAUAAUAUGGGAUCUACGUAACAAUGCUGCUAAAUCUAUAUCUACUAAUACCUGGAAUGAACCUAUUCAUAGUCUUUCUAUUGACCAAGAUGUAACUUCUUUAGCUGCCGUUAACUCAGAUGGCCAACUAAUUGUCUGGUCUCUAACUGGUGAUUCUGCUUGGAAUCCUUUGGAAAAGCAUCGGCAGAAAGUACAUUCUUCAUUUGCUGUAAAAGUUCAAUUUUCACCAGAUAGUACCUUGAUAGCUACUGGAGGUGGUGAUGGAAAAUUUAAUAUCCUGAAAACAGCUGAUUUCAGUGUGGUUACAAGCCGGAAAGGCUGUGUAUCUGGUCAUCAUUGGGUAUGGGAUUGUGCAUUCUCUGCUGAUUCUCGUUUUUUAAUUACUGCCACAUCAGAUGGAAUUGCUCGUCUAUGGAAUUUAGACACAAAUGAAGUACCAAUCGAAUACAAAGGACAUCAAAGAGCAAUUACUUGUAUGGCUUUCCGUGACAAUUCUUUAAAAUCUGCGUGA